UUUUUUCUUUGGGUCCUCUCUUUUACUCCAAUGACGAUAGUUUUUUAGGGAUUUUGAAGACGAGGGUCCAUAUCUGUGCAAAACUUGAAUUUUAGCACCCCCUCCUCUCUCUCCGUCACGCAUGCACGCACGAAUAUCUGCAAUUAAGGGAAAGAAAGCGUGGGGACAUGAGUUGGGUUCCGAACUAGCUCUCAGCUUUCAAAGCGAUAGCUAGUGUGGAUAUUUUCCCGCCAAAAACCCGGUUCCAAGCAUGACCCGGGUGGAUGAUUGAUUAAGAAGAGAGUGACUUGGGUUUUUAAGGUCUGAACUCGGAAUAAAUGGCAGGGUGGUGGAUGCUAGCUCAUGAUGGGUCUGCUUUAGAUUGUGCCAAAUCCCCAAGAAAGAAGCUCAAGCAGAACGUCUUCUGGGUCGAUCUUGAACAGGCUCUGGAAGGGUCUGAGAAGGCCUCGAGAACCUGUGUUGAAGGCGAACGAGAACCUGAGAAGCUCCGAUGCGAGUUCAAAUACUUUCUUCGAGGUAUCCGCAAGGAGAUCUGCGCCGAAGACCCUCUUCCGCUUCUACCUCCGAUGUUUGAAGAUGGGCGACGCGUGAAUUUGCUCAAGCUUUUCUGGGUUAUGAGAGAGAGGGGUGGGUGCGAUGCUGUUUCGGAAAAGUUGUGGAUUCAGGUGGCCAAAGAGUCCGGGUUGUUGGGUUCGGAUCUUUCCGCGCCGGUGAAAUUAGUUUACGUCAAGUAUCUGGAUAUUUUAGAGAGAUGGUUGAAGCGGGCUGUCGAAAAUAAGGGCUUCGAAUGCGGUUUGAGUGAAGACGUUUUGGUGGGUAUUUCAUGGACUGUCAGCCUGGGCUUAAAGCUAUUACAGCAAAAGUUCCGGAAGAAGAAGAAGAACGAUGAAGAGUACCCGCAUCUGGAGUCAGCGUCUGAGGAGGUGGAUUCGAAUGGAAGCGAAAAAUGUAUUGGUGAUGAGGGAUUGUCAGCUUUGGAUUUGGUGGGAAGGAUUGAUGAUGGUGACAAUUUUUGCAAUGAAGUAGAAGGAGAGGUGAUAGUGUUGAAUGGGGACGGGAAUGAUGUUAUAGAUGAGAAAAAGACGUGUUUGGAUUCGAGUGAGAGUGCUGCGAAUGAACAGGGUGGUGGAAAUUUGUGUUUCAAUAUUGUGGUAAAUAGUUUGGUAGCUGAGUUGGAUGCAGGGAAGGGAUGCGACGUUGAUGACGAUGGUGCGGUGGUUUUGGACCCAGAGAAUUUUUGUGGUAAGAGGAAGCGGGAGUCCCUGUGUGGAAUGCUCAACUGGGUUAUGGGGGUGGCAAAGAAUCCUUGUGAUCCUGCCGUUGGUUCUUUACCGGAACGGUCCAAGUGGAAGUCUCAUGGUAAGGAAAUGAUGUGGAAGCAGGUUUUGUUGGCUCGGGAGGCCAUCUUUCUGAAAAUGCGGGUUGAUUCGAAUGCUGACCAAUGGCAGAGAACUCAGAAGAUGCAUCCAUGCAUGUAUGACGAUCAAUUUGGCUCAAAUUACAAUUUUAGAGAGAGAUCAAAACGUUGCAAGAAGCGUCAUUCUGAGAAAAUGAUGUCUCAGACACAAGCUUGUUCUGAGUCACCCUCAGCCACUCAAAGUGACUUGGACAAAACUUCUUGUACAGAAGGGGUGGAAAACGGAAUCAACAAUCAGUUACUUGGAACCUCUGAUUCGUUUACAGAAGAUUCAGGACUUGAUAAAUAUGUCCCAAAACGCAAAUCUUGGAGGCCUUGUUAUAAAGCUGAAGUGCAGGAUUGGAAUGGUGUGACUUCUGAAAGUGACCUUAAGUGGUUGGGCACCCGAGUUUGGCCAUUAGAAAAAGUGGAUCAGAGAUAUAUCAUUGAAAGGGAUCCAAUUGGUAAGGGAAGGCAAGAUUCAUGCGGCUGUGAAGUGCCUGCUUCUAUUGAAUGUGUCAGGUUUCAUGUUGCUGAGAAAAGGCUGAGAGUGAAGCGGGAAUUAGGCUUAGCUUACUAUCAAUGGGAAUUCCAUAAAAUGGGCGAGGAAGUUCAACUUUUGUGGACAGAGGAAGAACAACAGAAAUUUAAGGCCAUACUGGAUUCGAAUCGUCCAACUCUACAGAGGUGUUUCUGGGAUCAAAAUUUCCAGUGUUUUCCUACCAGGAGCAGGGCAGAUUUGGUAAGCUACUACUUCAAUGUCUUUCUUCUGGAGCGCAGAGGAUACCAGAAUAGAUUGACCCCAAAUAUCAUCGACAGUGAUGAUGAGGAAUUAGAAUCUGGAUUGUCGGCUAAUGUUAGUGGACAUGAAGCAGACAAGUUACAAACCUCCAUCUUUUAUUCCCCAAAAAAGCCACAUACAAACUUUAGAUAAGUCUGAGAAGUAGCCAACACGAAAUACUCAACAGUUGACAGCGGCUGAUAUGGAUUGGAAUCAAGUGCUUCAGUGAGAAUGUAUAGUCUUGCAGUUUUGGAUCUACUGUGGAGUUUAUCAAUGUAGACGACAUUUUGCUGGUAUGCCAAUGCAGAAUUAUCAUUACCUUUGAGAAGUGAAUACGAAUGAUUUUGAAGAGUAACAUCAAGGAUCAUUUUUGAAGAAAAAGUUGAUAACAUGUAGGUGGUCGAUGUUGCUCACGGUCGAGGCUCAAGACAGCUUUUGUUCCGUUAAAAGUGCUUUUUGGUUCGUCUGAUUUUGUGUAUGAGGUAUGUUUUUUUUGUCCAUUCACCAUUACUAACGACAAAAAAAAUGGGUGUAGCACACUUCUGUCCUUUUUUUACCAUUGUUUUUUGACUGCAGAUUUGACUUAAAAACAGAAACUUGGGGAUACAGAGGAACAGACUAGGAAAUGGUUUACUAGAAUCAAAAUUGUAGCCCCUCAUGUACCAGAGUAAAUGCACUUGCUAGUUAUAUGA